AUGAUCUGGUUCUUAUUACUAGCGGUGGCGUGUGCUGCCUCGUACCAUGAGGAACUCACUUUCCGCCCGCUCCCCAGAAACACCCUUCUUGCAGACUUCCACUUUAACACGGUGCUGCCUGAGUUUCCUUUGGAAUACGCCAAUCUGCUGGCUCCACAGGACCUGCCACCGCGUCAUUUCGGCUACUUCCCUCGUCUCCUUGCCCCUAUUGUCCAGGCAACCAACACGCGUGAGCUUCACUUGCGUUUUACCCAAGGAUGGUGGGAUGCUGAUUCGUGGGGACUGUUGCCUGAAAACGGUGAGGUCAUUGGCGGUACAGGCGUGGAGAUUUGGGCUGCCGUGGAGGCGCCUGACGUGGAGGCGGCCCGUGCUUCGUGGUUCAAGCUCACGGAGCUGCUUUCGGGUGUUUUUUGUGCAUCGCUCAAUUUCGUGGAUGACGCCGUCACCACGUUUCCUCAGCAUAAAACUGCGCUGGAGGCUCCCUUUGUGGCUUCUCCGGAGAACAAUCUCUACUUGCUUCGUGCCGCUUUGCCGGAUGAGCCCAUUUGUACGGAGAACUUGACGCCGUUUUUGAAAUUGCUCCCUACGAGAGGAAAAGCAGGAAUCGCCUCGUUGCUUGACGGCCACAAGCUCUACGACUCCUUGUGGCACUCCAUGAGCGUCGACUUGGUGACCAAGUGCUCGGGCUCAGAGUGUCGUCUCGAGCUGGACCAGCACAUCCACCACAUUGCCGAUAUCACCCGUCUGAUUCGUCGUAGAAACGAGGGCGGUAUCCCUAAGCCUGUGCCGGGCGACAAAUUGCGCUGUGACGAGACCAAGCAUCACGAUGCCUGGCACUGCUUCCCUCUGGGCGAAGAACCCCUGAUUGAAUGGGACAUUGAGGCACUCUACGGAAGACAGAUCAAGGGUCCAGGCUUCGAGAACAAGAAUGCCGCAACAAAGGUGAACUUCUUGCUUGACUCGGACCAUUGGAAGGUGACGCUGUUGAGAGAGGGCCAGCCAGACACUGACGUGACCGAAACGUUCGAGAUUGUCGAUGCUGUGCCUCACAACUUCCGUCUUUCUACCACAGACUUCAACAAGGUUUUGCCCAAGAAGGACACCCCGUUGCUUGUGUCUCGCUCCCUUACGGGUUAUUCUCAGGACCGUGGUGGAAUGCGUGUGACUUUGCAUAACCCCAAGGACGAAGACCUCUCCGUUGUCUACUUUGAGAGUCUCCCCUGGUUCAUGAGAAUAUACUUGCAUACGCUUCAGGUCAGCGGUAACGGUACCAUUGAAAACCGUUUCUUCAAGCCUGCCAUUGACAGAUCUAGGCCCACACAUUUGGAAUUGAAGUUGAACAUCCCAGCAGGCCAGUCUUUGACACUUACCUACCAGUUCGACAAAUCGUUGUUGCUCUUUUCUGAGUACCCACCAGAUGCAAACCACGGUUUUGCCAUCGAGCCAGCGGUUAUCAAAAUCAUCGACAAAGCUACAGGCGAAACCCUGUACCAGCUCAGAUCGGCCUCCUUGCUUUUGACCCUUCCUACCCCAGACUUCUCGAUGCCCUACAACGUCACCAUCUUGACAUGUACGGUAAUGUCGCUCGCAUUUGGCUGUGUUUUCAAUUUACUUGCUAAGAAAGUGGUUACUGAGGAGGAGUUUGAAGAAAUCGCCAAAUCUACUCCAUUGGGUAAGUUGAAAGCCAAGCUUGCAUACCUCAAGAGCAAGUUGAAGGGCACAAAGGCAGCCUGGAUGUUUGAGGAUAGCAUCAACCGUGACGAGAACCUCAUAGUUCUGGCUCAGGGUCAGGCUACCCUGUCCAUUCCCUUUGCUGCCCCAGAGUUCGUUCGAGAUGCCAUUGAGAACUACUUUUCCAAAGACUCAGACACCAUCCGCUACAAUUACAGCCGGCUCAACGGCAUGGUGCCUGAAAAGACAAGCACAUUUUCAUGGGACUACCCCAAAAAAUCCACAAACCUAGAUACAGACUUCCAUCAUUACAACUUCGAUGUGGACAUCUUGACCCGGUGGUUCUCUCGAGACGUGCUACGCAUGUUUGUGCCUAUUAUUUACUUCCAAGACUGCCGCAAAGAGCGGAUGGAGAAACGUGCUGCUGCACUUACUGCCAAACCGGUGCCCACAUUAGCCGAGCUAGAUGUAUGUGCCAAACUACGAGGCAAGGGCUACUGGAACCGUAAAGGAGAAUGGUUCUGCACUACUCGAGAUGUUGCCCACAAAGGCGAUCAGCAUGGAGCGAAGUUCUUCAGCACUUACAACGAGUGGGCUCGGUGGGACGCCAAACUAGACGAAGCCAUUCGUGAGGCCAAGUGGAGCGGCGAUAGCGACACUCUGAAGCAGCUUCGGCUCGCACGAAACGGCUCAUAG